CUAAUAGUGUAUUCUGUCACCGAUCGUAUUGUAAAAGGCAGCGGAGCAGUGUGGGUUUUAAAUCUGCGUUAAUUCCUUCAUUUUUACGUUUGUACCUAUUCGUUUAGGUGUGACAAACUAAACUGUAUUCGUUCUUUGUGUCAGAAUGAACUAAACUCAGUGAACUUUGAAGCUUCUUCGGCGAACUUAACUCGCAACUUAGCUUAGCUUGUUAGCUGCUAACAAAAUACACCCGGAAGUUAUCAACACAUCGCUACGCAAAAUGCUGAGAAUGUUGGUUAAUUAGCGACUAACUGCGGCUGUGGGAGAAAUAUUUGUAGUGUUGUAAAGAAAGAUAGCAGAGUACGAGGGGGAACUUUCUCCAACAAAAGAGGAGAACUCGCGACAAUGUCAACUACUGGACGCUGUUUUCAAGAAGCAUCAAGUUGUGUUACACAGAACAGACGUCUGUGAAGAACAUCUUCAUUCUGAGCAGCAGGAGUGGACCUCCAGGAUGGCGCAGGAGAAGCCACAGUCCCCUCACAUUAAAAAUAAAGAGGAGGAGCCUCGUCUUACACAUAUUAAAGAGGAAGAUGAGGAAUUAAAGCCCCCCCUCUUUAAAGAGGAAGAAGAGGAACACAGUAUCAGUCAGAAUGGAGAGCAACAUGAAGGACUGGAGGAGGUUGAUGUACCCAAGAUGCCAUUGACUGGUGUCAUUGUGAAGAGUGAAGAUGAUGAGGUCGAAAGUGAGGAGAAGAGAGAGGCGGAGCCUCCAAGCAGCAGCUCAACUCAACACAUGACAACAGAAGCUGAUGGAGACCACUGUGGAGGAUCACAAGCAGACAAGCUCUUAGCUCCACUAUCAGAUAGUGAUGACACAACGUCACACUCUGCUGACACUGAUGAUGAAGACUCUGAAGCUGAUACAACAUGUCACACUGACAACACACACUUUGAAUGUUCUCACUGUGGGAAAACGUUUAAUCACCGCCGUAAUCUGAAACCACACAUGAGAAUACACACUGGUGAGAAACCAUUUUCCUGUUCAAGGUGUGGUAAAAGUUUUAGGCAAAAUGGUGAUUUGAAAACACACAUGACAACACACACUGGCGAAAAGCCUUUUAUCUGUUCAGUCUGUGGUAAAGGUUUUGUACGAAAUACUGAUUUAAAAACACACAUGAGAACACACACUGGAGAAAAACCUUUUGUCUGUUCAAUCUGUGUUAAAGGUUUCACGCAAAAUAAUGAUUUGAAAGCACACACGAGAACACACACUGGUGAAAAACCUUUUAUCUGUUCAAUCUGUACUAAAGGAUUUACACAAAAUACUAAUUUGAAAACACACAUGGCAACUCACACUGGUGAAAAACCUUUUAUCUGUUCAAUUUGUGUUAAAGGUUUUGUACGAAACGGUGUUUUGAAAAGACACAUGAGAACACACACUGGAGAAAAACGUUUUAUCUGUUCAAUCUGUGCUAAAGGUUUUACACAAAAUAGUGAUUUGAAAGCACACAUGACAAAACACACUGGUAAAAAAACGUUCUCCUGUUCAAUCUGUGCUAAAGGUUUUGUACGAAAAGAUCCGUUGACAUUACACAUGAAAACACACACUGGUGAGGUAGUGUGAGUUGCAGUGUGUGAUGAAAGAUUCUCUUUAAAGUACCAGUGUAAGAAACACAAGUGAGAACAUCAGCAGCAAAUGAAGCUGCAGGACUUUAAAUAAACUGACAAAAUGUUGUUAACGUUGACUAUCUGACAACAUCGCCACUUACAGUGCAUCGGGAAAUCCCAGCGCUUCACUUUUCCCACAUUUUGUUUUGUUACAACCCUGAAUGGAAUAAAUUCGUUUUUUCCUCAGAAUUCUACAGACAAUACCCCACAAUGACAUUGUGAUAUGUUUUUUUUGCUAAUUUAUUCAA